UGUGAACAAAAAAUCAUUUUUUGGCGCGCAACACUGCGAUCGGGUUAAUUCUCGCUGCCAUCUAAUUUUUUUAAUGGAUUGUAUCUUACACUCCGACGACUCCGACUUUCUUCUUCUUCUCCUUCAAUAGUCUAGGGAUUGUGCCAUGGACCAUCUCUUCGGAACAUCGAGACACCGAGUCGGUAAAAUUCAGUGGUGCAACUGCCCCACCACCGCAUUCUCGCUAUGGAAUUUCAAGCAUCAGCUUUCCCACCAUUCCCGCCCAACUGGGGCCGGGGGGCCGCUGUUAUCAGCGUACUAACCACCAAUAUGAACUGAACACGGAUGAACACGAAUGCAAACGCAUACACUCACAUAAUGUAUUGAGAAACCCGGUGGCGGUACAGUUUUUAAUAAUUACAACGUCAAGAGUUUUCGUAUAUUUUAAGAUUUCCAACAAAUGCUAACAUUGUGACAAUGCAUUAUUGAAAUCGCGAUGAUUAUUUCGUUGUUUUUUUUUUUAAUCUAGAAAACUCGCCCUUCUGACAAACAUGAGAUGUAUUUUUACAAAAGUAUCCGUUAUCAUUAUCAAUGUACUUGACUGACUAUUCCAAAAAAACCGCACGGAAUAUCAGAUAUAAAUAAAAAAUGAAAUAAAUAUAUUAAUGAGAAAAUUGAAAAUUUUGUUCAGCAAUGUCACACAAGGGACCGUAUCCCGAUGAUACCGGAGAUUACGAAAGCAAUACAAAAAUAAACAGGAUUAGGUUUUUAUGUUUUGAUAUAAGCAAAAAAAGUCAAAGGUUUCAAACGCUAUGCUGCUGCGUCGGAGUAUUUUUUUUCUUCAUUCUUUAUGGAUACCUGCAAGAGUUAAUAUUCACCUUGGAAGGGUUCAGGCCCUUUGGCUGGUAUCUGACACUUGUUCAAUUCGCUUACUACACCAUUUUUGGGUGGUUCGAGAGCCAACUGCGAGGAAUAUCCAGAAGGAUACCAUUUGGGACAUAUUUGAUUCUGGCAUUUCUUACGCUCGGAACAAUGGGCUUCUCAAACAGUUCUCUUGGAUAUUUAAACUACCCGACUCAAGUGAUAUUCAAGAGCUGCAAGCUCAUACCUGUUCUCAUAGGCAGUAUUAUUAUACAAGGAAAGAAAUAUGGUCCGCUAGACUUUAUUUCUGCUGGCUUAUUAUGCAUCGGUCUUGCAUUAUUCACUCUGGCCGAUAGUAUGAUAUCCCCUCGUUUCAAUAUGAUCGGUGUCGUAAUGAUUAGUUGCGCUUUGAUUUGUGACGCCAUUAUUGGAAAUCUCCAGGAAAAAUCAAUGAAACAGUACAAAGCAACGAAUACCGAAGUAGUGCUCUAUUCCUAUGGUAUCGGAUUUGUUUAUUUGCUCAUGAUACUGUUCUUUACCGGAGAACUUGCUAGCGGUGCUGCUUUCUGUUUACAGCAUCCGGUUGAGACUUAUGGAUACGCGCUGGUUUUCUCACUCUGCGGUUAUCUCGGCGUACAAAUAGUGCUGACAUUGGUGCAAUGUUGCGACGCUUUUGUCGCUGUGACCGUCACGACUUAUCGCAAGGCAGUCACAAUAAUAUUAAGUUUUCUCUUUUUCUACAAGCCAUUUACAUUUCAAUACGUAUGGUCGGGUUUGUUAAUCGUGCUGGGAAUUUAUCUCAACUUUUGUAGUAAACAAGGAGGCGGAACUAAGGCGAAGAUGUUUCUCACUAUGCUUUGGUCUCGAUUAACGAGUUGUUGCGAGCGGCAUAAUCGUAUCCAGAAACAUUUGAUGACGAGGGUAUAAUUGUAAAUCGUACAAAUAUAAACGUUCGGAAAAAUGGACAUUUACUGAGUGUAUUAAACCAAAGGAACACAAUGUACCAUCGACAUAAACUCUUCGUCACACGUGCAAGCAAUUCUGUAAAUUCCAAAAUUGGCAAAAGACUGUGAAAGUUUUUUUUUACAUCUGGUUGAUGAUUUAUUAAAAAAUGGAUAAAGCGCUCGACUGAGCGUUAGUCGACGAAACUGUGGAAAUUCUUUUUGUAGUUUUGUUUUUUUAUAAUCGUGGUUUUUAAAUUGUUGGCACAUUGGAUUAGUUUUGUCUAUGAAAAGAAAACGUAGCUCGGACCUGUUGAAAAACAGGUAAUAUAUAGAAAAUAAUUAUAGUAUUAACGUGGGUGCAUUCAACGACGUUGAACUUCAACAUCAUUACAAGUUGGAGUAGAGAUGGACGGGAAAACGUGUAAUAAAAGUGCGGAAAGUUGUAAAAUCGCUUAACAUGUAAAAUAAUAAAAAU